CCUUCGUUUUUUUUUUUUCAUCUACCGCACUCUGCUUAUUCGCUCACUGUCGUCUCUUUGCCUCUGCCGAGCUCAACCGACCGUGAAGCAUAGGCCGUUCUCUCCUUCUCCUUCUAAGAUUGUGGGCGGCGAUCUCAACUUAGGUUAAGCAGGUACUAGAAUCAAAUGUUUGCAUCUAUUCCAUUUUAUGAGAAUUUUGAGAGUAAUAUUUUUAGGAUGAUUGGCUUGUAGAAUUAUAAGGUUCUCAAUCACAUACUCAAGGACAUUUUACUUGCAAUGCAAUGGAUUCACCUGAUCAUAGUCGGAAUUAUGUGAAAAGAGAUACUGAGGAUAGCUCAGAUGUCAAGAGUGAUAGGGCAGGGGAUGAUGAAGAAUGGGAGGGCAGUGAUAAAAGGAAGCAUAGAUCAAGCAAGUCUAGAAAGUCCAGCAUUGGAGAAGAUGCUGAAGCACAAGAUGGCAGUGGAAGAAGAAGAAGUUCGGGGGACAGGAAUGAGAAUCGUAAAAGGUCAGGUGGGGGCUCUAGCAGAGCAGGUAGUGAUGAUGAUGAUUAUGAAACAAGAAAAGACUUGCGCUCAAAGCAAAUCAAGAAAAAACAAGAGGAAAGUAGCUUGGAAAAAUUGAGCAGUUGGUAUCAGGAUGGAGAAUUAGAUAACAGGCAGGUUGGGGAAAAGUCUGGAAGUAAAGGGUACAGUAGGCCUGAUGAAAGCGAGAGAAAGAAAAUGACAUCGAAGAUCUCAGAACAUGAGAGUUCUCGUAGUGGAAGCAAAAGUAAAGAAGAAAGGUCCCAUGAUGGAGAGCCUGAAAAGACACAAGACAGAGAUUCUAAGUACUCAGAUAGGAGAGAAAGUGGCCGGGAGAAGGCUCAUGGUUCUACUGAGCUGGGAAGAACUUCUAGGAGGAGAUGGGAUGAAUCAGCUAUAGGAAAAAAAGCUGAAGAAAGUCAUCAUGAAAAGGCUGAUCUCAGGAGCGGAAAGGGUUCUGAUUCCAAAUAUGAGAAUUCUAAAGACAGAAGUACAUCUGCGAGGAUUGAACCCAGUGAGGGUAAAAGCAGAGUUGUAGAUUCAAACAAUGAAAAGGGUGUCAAAGCCAACUAUAGAGAAGAAAGAAGAGCUGAUGGAGAGAGAAACAGGAGCAAAAGCAGAUCAGAAGCUUUAGAUGAGGAUGAUAAGGGCAGUCCUAUUACUCGUGAAGACAGAUCAGGUCGGGAGAAAAAUGAGAAGCAUAGACAGCAGAGAACUGCCACAAGUAGGGAUGCUGUUGACAGCCGUGAAAGGUCUUCCAAUGCAGAUGAAGAUGGAAACAUUUGGGUAAGAGAUAAAAAUGCAAGAGAAGUUGCUCGCUCUAACAGGUCCAGGACCCCGGAGAGGAGUGCAAGGCGUCAUCAAGAAUCACAGUACUCUGAGAUGGAGUAUGAAAGAAGCUCAGACAUUAGGAGGAAGGAUAUAGAAAAGGAUGGCUAUAGAGAUGAUAGGUCGAAGGGCAGGGAUGACAGCUGGAGUGAGAGGAAUAGAGAUCGGGAAAGUUCAAAAGAUAGUUGGAAAAGAAGGCAAUCUAGUGGCAAUGAUAGAGAGUCAAAAGAUGUAGACAUUGUUUAUGAUCGUGGCAGAGAUUGGGAACCAAGACACGGUCGUGAUAGGAAUGACAAUGAAAGGCCUCAUGGUCGAACUAGGGGUGAAGCAGUAAAAACAUCAUCAAAUUUUGGAAUAUCAAAUGAGAACUAUGAUGUGAUAGAGAUCCAAACAAAGCCUCUUGAUUAUGGACGAGCAGAUUCUGGACCCAACUUUGCCAAGAGAACUGAGCUUGGGCAGCAAUCUGAAGGAAAAUCAGCACCAAAUGCUGAAGAAUGGGCUCAUACACGAGAUGAAAGGUCAAGGAGACAUGAUUUAUAUGGUUCUGCACCUUUUGCUGAUGAUACAAAGGAAAGGUAUACUGAUGAUGUUGCGUCUAUGCGAGAUCCUAGUUCAUGGAGGGAUGAAAUGGACUACCAGACAGGGAAAGGAAGAGGACCGAGAGGGGCAGUGUCUGGCCGGGGUGCUGGUGGCCAAAGUUCCAGUGGUGGUUCACAGCUGCCGUAUGGAAACCAGGAACCAGGUUCCUUCUCCAGAGCUUCUCUGCAGGGAGUGAAAGGGAGUAGAGUAGGGAGGGGAGGAAGGGGUAGGCCCACAGUUAGAGACAACCAACCAGUCCAAUUGCCCAUCAUGGGAUCUCCUUUUGGGCCUAUUGGAGUUCCACCACCUGGACCAAUGCAGCCACUCGGCCCCAGUAUGUCACCUGCUCCAGGUCCUCCAAUUUCACCUAAUGUCUUUAUUCCACCAUUUUCUCCACCAGUAGUUUGGCCUGGGGCACGAGGUGUAGAUAUAAAUAUGCUAGGCAUGCCACCAGCGCUCUCUCCUGUUCCUCCUGGUCCAUCAGCCCCAAGAUUUCCUCCUAACAUGGGUACUCCAGCAAACCCUGCUAUGUUUUUCAAUCAGGCAGGACCUGGGAGAGGAGUGCCUCCAAACAUGUCUGGUCCUGGUUUUAAUGCUGCAGGAUCAGUCAGUCGAGGAACAGCACCAGAUAAGGCCUCAGGGGGUUGGGUGCCUCCUAGAAAUGGUGGACCUGCUGGUAAAGCUCCUUCAAGAGGAGAACAGAAUGAUUACUCACAGAAUUUUGUAGAUACUGGUAUGCGACCCCAGAAUUUUAUCAGGGAGUUAGAACUUACCAAUGUUGUAGAGGACUACCCCAAGCUUAGGGAGCUUAUACAGAAAAAGGAUGAGAUUGUGGCUAAGUCUGCCUCUACCCCCAUGUAUUUGAAGAGUGACCUGCAUGAGUUUGAGCUGUCCCCGGAGUUCUUUGGGACCAAGUUUGAUGUGAUUCUUGUGGACCCCCCUUGGGAAGAAUAUGUUCAUCGAGCUCCGGGUGUUGCAGACCAUAUGGAGUAUUGGACAUUUGAAGAAAUAUUGAAUCUCAAGAUUGAGGCAAUAGCAGAUACACCAUCUUUUAUCUUCCUCUGGGUGGGCGAUGGUGUGGGACUUGAGCAAGGUCGUCAAUGUUUAAAGAAGUUCUUCAUGCUUCAGUGGGGAUUUAGAAGAUGUGAGGAUAUUUGUUGGGUGAAGACCAAUAAAACUAAUGCAACUCCAGGGUUACGGCAUGAUUCUCAUACUUUGUUUCAGCACUCAAAGGAACAUUGCCUGAUGGGUAUAAAGGGAACUGUUCGUCGCAGCACUGAUGGUCAUAUAAUCCAUGCUAAUAUUGAUACUGAUGUAAUUAUUGCUGAGGAACCUCCUUAUGGUUCAACUCAAAAGCCUGAAGAUAUGUAUCGUAUAAUUGAGCAUUUCUCCCUUGGCCGUAGAAGGCUUGAGCUUUUUGGUGAAGACCACAAUAUUAGAUCUGGUUGGUUGACUGUUGGUAAAGGACUAUCCUCAUCAAAUUUCAAUGCUGAGGCAUACGUCAGGAAUUUUGCUGAUGAGGAUGGGAAAGUUUGGCAAGGAGGUGGUGGAAGAAAUCCUCCUCCAGAGGCACCACAUCUUGUCAUGACCACCCCGGAAAUAGAGGCUUUACGGCCAAAGUCACCAAUGAAGAACCAGCAGCAGCUGCAGCAACAACAAUCAGCAUCCAUUUCUUUAACGACAGCCAAUUCCUCCAACAGGAGGGCAGCCGGAAAUUCUCCACAGAAUCCAAGCACUUUCAGUUUAAACCAAGAGGCAUCAGGCUCUAACCCUUCAACUCCAGCUACUUGGGCUUCGCCAAUGGAGGGCUUUAGAUGACAAGAAAGCCGGAAUAGUCACAGCUUUGCCAUUCAAGAGAAAGAGAGAUAGUAACCUGUAAUGCUUUCAACAUUUUAUGAUUAUAGUUGGUAUUAAUGUUACCUCAUUUUAGAUUUGACAGUACAGUGAGUUAUUGGUAGUUGAAAUUUUGACUUUUCAAUACAAUAUUGUUUAGAUUUGAAAGCAAUUUUGUGUCCAAAAGGUGGGCUCAAUUAUUUUCUUUACUGGUA